CGCGGGCAGUUGGUUUGGUGUCAAGUAUGAGCUUCUUCUUUUUUGACUUGUGAUUUUGAGCUUAGGUCCUUUGGUUUGUUAGAUGGCGCGCUUCCUUCGUACCUAAGGUACUCAACUUAGAGCACAGUCGCGUGUCACGAGUUGGGAAAAUGCCACGAUGUUCAUCGAGAUUUGGCCUUAGAAAAAAACAAAAAACAAAACACGGUUACAGUCUAUCUGCGAGCAUGCCACAGCGCUCCAGCACCAGAAAAGCACUCAGAAAUACCAUGCUGGUUCUCCCUCCCCCGACUAUUUCCAACGCUCUCAAGGAAUUCCGGGGCACGCGUUUGUUCCCUGUCCGAGUCCAUUGUUCGUUAAAGGAGCAUGGGGCAUGCCGCAUAGUAGCAGGGGGUCGAAGGAGAUGGAGAGUAAGAACACCCCGAUGGGAAAUUUGCGGCUUGUGCUGUGGCUCCCAAGCUUGUGCAGCUGUGCUUCUCCCUCAUCUCCCCUGUACAGCUGGUCUUGCUGGCCAAGGGGGCGGGUUCUGUCGUAAUGGCCAGCGUUGUGCAAGGAAGUGGCGUCAUCGUGCCGGGUGGCUUAAACCGAGCAAUGCACUGCACAAUUACGUCGAGGGAGGAGCCAGACCUGCCAUGGCCCAUGGCCCAGAGGAUGGAAGGAAAGGUCGUGGCUUGGCCAAGGCCGACCAAUGACUGAAUACCAAAUGGACGAAAAAAAUACCUUUGCGGAUCAAUUCUGCCCGGCAGGGAUGACGAGAUUUCUGUUGGGGAGGAUGUGGGUUCCUUUUCAUGUGGAGGAAGGGGGGAGCACGCCGCAC